AUGCGACGGAUGGCGACGCUUUCUGCGGCGCGCGGCCACCUUGCUUUGAGGUGCGCUCGGUUCUGCAGGCUGGCCGAGAAUCUUCAGGGUGCCUCCGACGAGCGCCUCGGCGCGCUGCAGCGGAGGCUGUCCGAGGCGGAGGCGCGGCGCGCCGGGGAGGCGGCGGGGCGCGCGGGCGAGCUGGAGGCGGCCCGGGGGCGCUGGGCCGCCGAGUCCGCGGAGCUGGGCCAACAGCUGGAGGUGGCUCAUGGCUUCACGCAGAGCCUGUCGCAGCUUCCGGCGCCAGCGGUCCCGCCCCACGUGGCCGCGGCGAUGGUGUCGCACGUCUGGGCGCGCGCCCGCCUGUUCGCGUGCCGCGCCAGAAGCGGCUCGCCGUGCCGGGUGGUGCACCAGGGCACCGGCCGCGGCGUGCCCGCCAGUUACACGGUGGAUGACUCGAUGGAGACGCUCAUCAUCGAGGAGCUGGUGACGCCAGCGGACGUGAGCUCCCCCCGACGGGCGCACGUGCACCGCCUGCGGGAGGUGCGCAACGUCUGGGUGUGCGCCGACAGCGAGCUUGCCAGGUGCAUGCACCGGGUGCUUCGCCGUGGCAUCACUGACCCGGACCGCGUGCUGCUGCUUGACGUCCCGGCCGGGCCCGUGGGGCUUGUGGUGCACAGCCCGCAGGCACGGGAGGAGCUCCUGGACGGGCUGGCGGUGCUGGUGGCCGUUCAGCGAGUGGAACGAGAGCCCGAACUGCUCGGCCGCUGCUCCCCGGCCGGCCUCCGGCCGCCGGGGCUGUCGCUGCAGGCAGCCCACCUCUCAGGCCCCGUCUGCGCCAUGCUGGCGCGGGGCGGCGCGGGGCUGGUGCCGCCCCCGGAGAGCCCGAAGGCGACGAGACGCGCGCUGGACCUGGCGGCGCGGUCGCUGGGCAUGGAGGAGCUCUGGCGUCACCAUAUGGGUGAGCCACCCCGGGAUACCGAGUGAGCGCCGCCGAAGGGCAGCAUGGGACGGUUGGACAGCCUCGGCACGCAGGCAUCGGAGGACCAGCGGUGCAGAUCAUACAGGGCUCAGCUGGUGGAGAAGGAGAGGCAGCUGGAGCUCAAGGACCAGCACAUCUCCCGCCUGCUGGCCGUGUUGAGGCAGCAGCGGGGCACCGAGGAGGAGUCGACGAUGUGUCCCACCGCCAGCAUCGGCGGCCGCAGCGCGAUGACGGCUUCCGCGCCCGCCCACUAGCCACCGGGGCCCGGGCGCCCCCCUCCGCCGCGCGGGCCCCCCUUCGCGCGGCGGGCGCACCUGUCAGCGUUGCGGCCCUCGGAGCCUCCCGCCCUCGGGCCCCUUCGCCCCCCGCUCGUGCCCCCCGUCCUCCUCGCUCCUCGUU